AUGUUCGGGAGCAUCACCCUGCGCUGGUCCGGCUGGAGAGAUGACGACUCGGGGAUUGGAGAGUACGAGUACGAGGUGUUUAAACUCCGGCCGUUCGGGGACAUGCUGGGGAUGAGAGGACUGUCUCCUGUACCCGGACAGACAGGCACGGUUGGAGCGGCGGCAACACAGGCCAGCAUUCGCCUAACAGAACCGGGAGUGUACAGUAUAGUACUGACUGUUGAGGACGGCUGCGGGCCGAAUGACGGGAACUUCGUCAUCACACGGAGGUUCCUCAUCUAUGACGACAACAGUACAGUUCAGGCUGACACAUCCGGGCACCAUCCCAUGUGGGCGGAGUCAGCCUCUAACGUCACCGGAAGGGUGUGGCAAACCAACCUGCAGGACGCCUUGGGAAACGGACCACAGGUUGCUGUUUCGUGGCCGGACCACUUUUGCAACCAACUGCACAAACACAACAAGUUUCUAAACGCUAUAGAAGAACAUCCUUCGCCCAUCCUGCCUGGUUACGAAGAGCUAAUUGGCCAGCCCCCAGCUACCCGGUCCCGUGAAGCCAUCCCGAACGUGAACACCAUCCUGCUGUUCCAGACAGACUGGGCUGUGGACCAUCAGGGCGGGAGGAGUCUCAGCAGCCCGCCGGGAAACUGGCAGAACGUCACAGAUAUGACGGUAAAGCUGGAAUCACAUUUCAAACGGGUCCGAUGUAUCAUUAAUCCAGAAAGUAAUGAAAUCUCCCAAUUGUUAACAUGUAGCGAUGUGCACCUCGCGCAAAAUGAGAGGUGGCCUCUACCCGACCAGGAGUUCACGCCCGCCCGUGACAAGCUGUCGGCGGUCUGGCCCACACUGCGACACGGGCACUACAGGUGGAAGGUUGUCUCUGACGAGUCCAUACAGAACUGGGCUUAUGUUGCCUCCCGUCAUGCUCUGCGGUACUCUGAUUACGACUGCAGCGCCCCGCAGGUUUUGGCUUGUGGAGAAACUGAGGAAAACUUUGUUAACGUCCCAGGCAUAGAGUUACUACACGGCAGGAGGUACCACAUCUGUGUCCACGCUAACGCGACAGUUCUGCAUUUCGAGUUGUUCGACCAGAGCCUGGAUGAGGUAGAUUCCUGUUCUAUUGGCAUCACCGUGGAUCUUACCCCUCCACUACCGGGUCAGGUAUGGGUCAACCACAAGGACGGGCAGUUCCAGACAUCAACCUCAGAGAUGACAGUCUACUGGAACACGUUUCGUGACGUGGAGGAGCACGGCAUGUCGUCUCACCAUAGCGUUGUUCACAAGUAUGAAGUUGCUGUUGGUACCAGUCCCAAUGGUGUCGACGUUCAGGACUUCAUGGAUGUUGGUGUGACGAACAUGGCAACAGUACAUGGUCUCCGGCUGUUCUCUGGGCACACCUAUUAUGCAACUGUUAGAG